AUGUUUGGCCCUGGGCAGCUGGUCUCCACUCUUCUACCUGCAGUCUUCCACUCCUCCGCAGCUCACUUGUUCCCUGCGUUCCCCACCAGACUGGGCUCCCCUCCACAGAUCCUGAUCCCUGGGCCCCUGAUCAGCUAUGAGUCCCUGCGGAGUUACUUGCAACCAGAGCCCUGCAAAGAGGCUCUGUUCCUGGCCACACAGGCAGCUGGGAUGGGGCAGUUCACGGCCAGCAUGGAUGAACAGAGGCCAGUGAAGCAGCGUCGUGCGCGGGCCAACUACAGCAGCUGGCAGCUGGAGGAGCUAGAGAAGACCUUUGAGAACACCCACUACCCUGACGUCUUCAUGAGGGAAGCCCUGGCCCUCAGACUGGACCUCAUCGAGGCCAGAGUGCAGGUGUGGUUUCAGAACCGCCGGGCUAAGAUGCGGAGGCAGCUGAAGUUGCAGGGCCAGCUAGGAGAGCCCUUUCCCAGGAAGGACAAUGCCGAGGACACAACAACAGACAAACCCAACAAGAGCUUACCGGAGCUAGAGAGCUCUGACGGCGAGCACUGGGAGAGGAGGCGGGAGAAAGGAAGCUAUCCCUGGACUAAAGUACCUCGUUCUGCUGUGAUGACCACCCCCAUACAGGGUAUUAUUCAGGGGCCAGCAGGGGAAUGGGAGGGGAUGGAGGGGCCCAGUCCAGAAGAGUUCCGUUGCUGUAGCAUUGCCAAGCUGAGGGCCAAGGCCAGGGAGCACGAGGCUGAGAUCCACAGCACUGUGGCCAGGUCAGGAGGAGAAGAGACAUCAGCACUGCAGACACAAACACAGAACACUGAUGAUAGAGAGAGCAACUGA